AUGCAAGCUGCCCAGCGCCUCUCGAACGUCGCUACACACCUCGCUCGCUCCGUCAUGACCGACUCUGCUCUCUCGCACGGCCCGAAGGAGCUGCAGAACAAGGGACUCGUCCUCCUGCUCGCUCAGACGCCGAACGGCGCUUCCGCAUCUACAGGCAACAAGCCCGUCUACCUGCUCGAGGAGCUCAAGGCGCUCGGAAAGAUCCCCGACUACACCUUCGUCCCCGUCUCGUUCGGCAAGAACGAGCAAAAGUCUGACUGGUUCGAGGCUGUCAACCCAAACGGACGCAUCCCCGCCCUCCUCGACAACCGCGAGGGUAAGAAGCCGAUCAAGGUCUGGGAGUCGGCGAGCAUCUUGCUUUACCUCGCCAAGACCUACGACACGGACGCGACGUUCCACUUCAAGGACGAGGACAUGCAGACUGAGCUUUUGAACUGGAUCUUCUUCAUUCAAGGCGGUGUCGGCCCUAUGCAAGGCCAGGCGAACCACUUCUUCCGCUACGCCCCCGAGAAGAUCGAGUACGGCAUCAAGCGCUACCAAGACGAGACGCGGCGCCUGUACCAGAUCUACGAAGACCACCUGAACGGCACCAAGGACGGCGAGAGGAAAGAGUGGCUCGUCGGCGGCAAGUACACCAUCGCCGACAUGUGCACUCAGCCGUGGGUGCGCAUGGCGAUGUGGGCCGGCGUCGAGUUGGAGAAGUUCCCGGCGCUGGCGGCGUGGGUCGAGCGGAUCGAGAAGCGUCCGGCGACGCAGGCGGCGCUCAAGGUCCCCGAGCAGGACAUGCUGUCGAAGAUCAAGAACGACCCGGAGUACGCCGACAAGCUCGCGAAGAAGUCGUCCGAGUGGAUUAUGAAGGGCAAUGAGUCUAAGAAGUAG